GAAUUCCACUGGACUGAAUAUAAAUCAGGUGACUGCACAGACCAGAGGCUUCAGAAACCCCAGAGAACAACAGCAGCGUUUGUGUCUCGCCUUCAGCAGAACGCCUAAACGCCAUCUUAUUGACGUCCCGCAGCUACGUCUGUCUCAUUCUGCACUCGGGAAAAUCUUCAGAUCUGUCUUUUUUUCUUUUCUUUUUUAUUUUUAAUUGUAAGUUUCUAUUUACUGUCUAAACUUUGAGCCAUUUUUUUUUCUUCCUCCACACCAUUUUCCCUCAAAUUUCUGAGAAUUGCCCAGAUGAAGAUGUCCGACUCGUCCCCCCGGUUGUCGUGGACGUUUCACUGGACCCUGGGUGUUAUUAGCGUGCUCACGCUGCUGAAUUCAGCCGGAUUCAUGCUGCUCCUUCUCCAGAGCCGAGAGUUGGGGAAUCGGAUGGAUGUGGUGGAAUCUCGUCUGGAGGAAAUCACUCAGAGCUCGGUGGUGGAGUUCAUGACGGAGAUGAGCAGAAAUCAGCAGGGGAUCCAGGAAGAUCUGCAUCAAUACUCCAGAAAUAAAAGGAGUCAGGAGCUGAAGGAAGCUCAGGCUCUGCAGCAGAAACUUCAGCUGGAACUGGAGGAGAAACUAGCCGAGGUUUCAGGAGACGGAGUGGGAGAAGUGAUGAUUAACGAGGAGGAGAAGAACCUUCAGGAGCCUCCGGAUUUCUAUCACAGGACGGUGCAGCAUGAUGGGAUGAUGAUGAUGAUGACGUACUCCAUGGUGCCGGUUAAAGUCUUACUGGACAUCUGUAACAGCUCUAAAGGAAUCUGUCUCACAGGUCCUCCAGGACCUCCCGGACCUCCAGGUUUGCCGGGUGUUGAUGGAAUGCCAGGAUACAACGGGACUGAUGGAAUUCCUGGUUUGCCAGGAGAACCUGGAGCCCCCGGGAAACGAGGCAAAAAGGGUGAAAAAGGUGAGCCAGGUGAGCCGGGUGUGAAAGGUGACCCAGGGCCACCUGGAGAAAAGGGAGAACCUUCUAACGACGUGAUUGUGGAAGGUCCUCCUGGCCCCGCGGGACCCCCUGGAGCUCCAGGUCCGAUGGGCCCACCCGGACUUCCAGGACUGCCCGGUCCACCAAGACCGGCCAGGAACAGGAGCCAGAGAGCUCACCUGCACACAGGCCAGGCCUCUGAAGGUUUCAUUCUUCCAGUUUCACAUGAUCCUAUGAUGAGUCAUGGACCAGGAAACCGGGGAAAGACCUCAAAACAUGAGUGCAUUAUAAAGUCAGUAAACGAACCGAGGAACCUGGCCAAGAUGGCAAGUACGUUUGGAACCUGGCUGAAAGACACAGGAGUUGGAGAUGAUGAGAAGAUCUGGGUGGCAGAACAUUUCUCAGGUCGUAUUAUAAAGGAGUACAGCAGCAUCGCCGAGUGGCAGAACAGCAGCGGCAAGUCCAUGGACAUCAGGAAGUUUUUCCAAGGAUGCGGACAUUUGGUUCACAACAACUCCUUUUAUUACAACAUCGCCGGAACCUACAGCAUCGCCAAAUACAAUCUUCAGACUAAGACGCUGCACACUCUGGCCAUAGAGAACGCUCUGUACCACAACCUGUCCUACCUGCUCCGGAACUCCAAGACCUACUUUAAAAUGGCGGCAGACGAAAGCGGCUUGUGGCUCGUCUUCGCCUCGAGCAUCGACGAGAACAUCAUGGUGGCGCAACUGGACGAGAAAACCUUCUCUAUAACGUCGUACAUCAACACCAGCUACCCGAAGAGCAAAGCGGGAAAUGCCUUCAUCGCCUGCAGUGUCCUGUACGUCACUGACCCUAAAGACAGCAGAGUGAGCUUCGCCUUCGAUCUCCUCAAACAGAAGCCUCUGAGUGUUAGCUUCGAGCUCUGGUCUCCGCCGAGCGUGCUGUCGAUGAUGUCCUACAAUCCUAAAGACCGCCAUUUAUAUGUUUGGGACAGUGGACAUGUCAAAUCCUACAAGGUCCAGUUUCUGUCUGAUGAAUGAUAAUAUUUAUAUAUACGAAAUGUUCUGAGCUUAGAAUUAGAAUAUUCACUAAUAUAAAGUAGGCUUCGUGUCCAUUCCUUGAUUUUAUUGAAUUGAAAUGCAUUAAUCAGGGUCACGGGGAUCUGCUGGAGCCGUUCCCAGCACUCACUGGGUGAAAGACAGGGGUACAUCCUGGACAGGUCAUUGAAUCGAAAUGUUUAAAAGAAAUGUCCAACUCUUUAUGCAAAUGAGGCUUUGUUUAUUUAAAUAUGCAGCAAUUUCCAUCAUUUGUAUAACCAAAACCCCUGCCUUAAAAUCUAAAUCCAGUCUGAUGUCAGAAUUAAAAUGUUUAUUUCACUGUAGAGAUGCUGAUCAGAAAGCGACUUUUACUGACGUUAAACGCUAAUGUUUUUUUUCCAUUUCAUCAAGAAAGCCUCCUGCAUUUUUAAAUCAAACACGUUUCAGUAUAAAAUCCAAAUAUCCUCAACAUUCGGAGCUGUUCCUCUCUACUAAGGAUUUAAAUCUAAAUUCUAAAGGGUCAGGAAUUUGGAAUCGAGUGCAAAAUGAGAGCAAUUAUUUUUAUAAAAUAAGAUAUUUUAUGACAAUUGUAAUACACUCUGCUUUCACGUAUUCUCACACUAGUCUAUAAAUAAAAGUCUGUAUAGCAUCAUGCCAUAAAACGACAUGUGUAUUAGAAAAACAAGCUUCACAGAGAGAUAUAAUAUGACAUAAUGAAGUGGGCGGAGUCUCAAAUAGAUCAAAUAACAAUCAAAGUAUCAAAUAGAGCAGGAAAAAACAGUGAAAUAAACAUUUUUAGUUGGGUUUUGAUAUUGUUAUUGCUAAUCGCUAAGAGGAGAUGUGAUACAAGUGCAAUUUAUACAAAAGCUAACCAUAAGUAAUCAUUUCUAACUGCAGCACCUCAUUUUGAAGCCCAUAGACUAGACUAGACUAGAGUGUCUCAUUCUGAAGCCCAGAGACUAGACUAGACUAGAGUGUCUCAUUUUGAAGCCCAUAGACUAGACUAGACUAGAGUGUCUCAUUCUGAAGCCCAGAGACUAGACUAGACUAGAGGGUCUCAUUUUGAAGCCCAGAGACUAGACUAGACUAGAGGGUCUCAUUUUGAAGCCCAGAGACUAGACUAGACUACAAUGUCUCAUUUUGAAGCCCACAGACUAGACUACAGUGUCUCAUUUUGAAGCCCACAGACUAGACUACAGUGUCUCAUUUUGAAGCCCAGAGACUAGACUAGACUACAGUGUCUCAUUUUGAAGCCCACAGACUAGACUAGACUACAAUGUCUCAUUUUGAAGCCCACAGACUAGACUACAGUGUCUCAUUUUGAAGCCCAGAGACUAGACUAGACUACAGUGUCUCAUUUUGAAGCCCACAGACUAGACUACAGUGUCUCAUUUUGAAGCCCAGAGACUAGACUAGACUACAGUGUCUCAUUUUGAAGCCCACAGACUAGACUACAGUGUCUCAUUUUGAAGCCCAGAGACUAGACUAGACUACAGUGUCUCAUUUUGAAGCCCACAGACUAGACUACAGUGUCUCAUUUUGAAGCCCAGAGACUAGACUAGACUACAGUGUCUCAUUUUGAAGCCCAGAGACUAGACUAGACUACAGUGUCUCAUUUUGAAGCCCACAGACUAGACUACAGUGUCUCAUUUUGAAGCCCAGAGACUAGACUAGACUACAGUGUCUCAUUUUGAAGCCCACAGACUAGACUACAGUGUCUCAUUUUGAAGCCCAGAGACUAGACUAGACUACAGUGUCUCAUUUUGAAGCCCACAGACUAGACUAGACUACAGUGUCUCAUUUUGAAGCCCACAGACUAGACUAGACUACAGUGUCUCAUUUUGAAGCCCACAGACUAGACUAGAGUGUCUCGUUUUGAAGCCCAGAGACUAGACCUGACCUGACCUGAGUUCACUUCACUUCAGUUCCUCCAGCUCAUUAGCUCCAUCACUAAACAGUAGUGUGGUGUGGUGAGCAUUACAGAGGCUAGGGUACAGCUGAAGCUAACAGGAAGUCUGAAGGGAUCAGAUCUGGAACCUGAGUGGGAGUCUAGAUCACUCUGAUGUCAUCAAUCCAAACUGUUUCCAUUGUGUUUUACACUAGAUCUAUUUUUUUAAGGUUUAAAAAGAUUUCUAGAAGUUUCAAAUUUCUCCCAGUUUUACUGAAAUGAAACCAGAUUCUAAACUUUACUGUUCUUUAUAUUAAAAGGAGAAUCUGACUGAAAUGAUGACUAUGUUGAGGUUUUGUACAGAAACUGAAAGACUGAACUCUUGAUGUUUGUGUUGUUUCAGUCUGAACCCCUGCACCUUCAUUUCAGAUCCUGAUCACUUACUAACAUUGCUCCAUUUUUGCAGCUUAAAUAAUAAUUAUUAAAUAAAUCUAAAUAUUUAAAGAAACCCUGAUGUUCUAUGUUCCUGUAGUUUAGUGUUUUACCUGUACUGCUGUUUUUAUAGAUGUUUGUUAUAGAUAGCUUUAUUUCUUUCUAUAAACAGUGUCGCUAUUUCUAACACAAAUCUUUUGGAUUGUUAUU